GGGCGGAGUGAAGAGCCGUAACCACCGUGUGUCUGGGCGGGCGUGUUUACACAGGACCGCUCAACGACACCGGUGUUGCGCUAUGGAGAGAGGUGCACGAGCGGCGGUAGCUUUCGCGUGAACUCCCCCGGCUGCAUGGCGUCUCCCGUGGGAGGCAAACUGCGCACGGCCGCCUCCGCUAGGGAGGCGACGCUAGGGGAAGCGCCCGGGCCUCGGCCUGGGCCUCGCCCUCUGCUCGCCUCGCGGCCCCCGCCGGUUCCGUCCCCGUUCCGAGGCGAGCCUUCACCGCGCUCCGUUAUGGCUGAGGCCGUGGACGACGCCGAGGGGCUCUACGUGGCCGUGGAGCGCUGCCCGCUCUGUAACACGGCCCGCCGGAGGCUCACCUGCGCCCGCUGCAUCCGAGCCGGAGACUUCGUGUACUUCGACGGGAGAAACACCGAAAGGUACGUGGAGAAAUUGGACCGACUGCAGAAACUGAAGGAAGAAAAAGAAGCGCUACAGCAGAGAGUGAUCAAGUUGAUGGAUAAGAAGGUUCGAACUGAUCAGCUGAAGUGGAAGAUCAUGUCAUGUAAGAUGAAAAUCGAGCAGCUGAAAGAAGCAGUUUGCUGUGGGAGAGAAGAAGUGAAAAGUGGUAAGGACCUGCUGCUCCGCUCCCAUGAGGAGUGUCAGCGGCUGCAGCGCCGAGCCAGUCGUCACCAGGAGAAGAGGGACAAGAUUGAGAGGCACAACCGGCGCUUAAGUGAGUUGUUGGACAAGAAAGUGAAGGAGCUGCAGGGCUGCCUGGAGCAGCUGGCUGAGAUUCGAAGGGGCCACAUCCUGGAGCUCACUGCCUAUAUCUUCCCUACCCAGGAAGAGAAACAGGGCACCAGGGACCCUGCCGACGUGGUGGCAGAGUGUGAUCCAGCCUUGACCUCCAGCACAGUCAGCGAGCUGGCCGAGGCACGCAGGACCACCUACCUCUCUGGACGGUGGAUCUGGGAUGACCAGAAUGGCGAGACAAGCAUCAGCAUCACAGGCCCAAGGGUUACAUUGCCUAGCAAUGGGGACUGCUCUGCCUACUAUAGCUGGGUUGAGGAGAAGAAAACCAGCCAAGAGCCUGAGCUGGACCAUAUCAACCCUGCUCAUACAAUCAGUGCAGCCCUGUGCUAUGCCACACAGCUUAUCAACAUCCUCUCUCAUAUCCUCAACGUCAGCCUUCCCAAGAAGCUCUGCAACAGUGAGUUCUGUGGUGAGAGUCUCAGCCGCUACAGGUUCACCCAAGCCCUCAAUAAACUGAACACCAACAUCCUUCAUCUUUGCUUUUCCCAGCAUGUUAAAAGUGAACUACUCCACCCUCAUCAUACCCUAAGGAACAUCAUGUUUCUGGUUUCCCCUGAAAACAAAGACCUGGGCAGAACAGGCCCCUUCGAGGUCAGUGCCGAUCUGGAGGAAUCCAUGGAGUUUGUUGAGCCAGAAGUGUCUGGGCAGGCAGAGGAGAGUGGUGACGAGGUGGUGACGGACGAUGAGACGGACCUUGGGACGGACUGGGAGACAGUGCCCAGCCCCCGCUUCUGCGAGAUCCCCUCGCAGUCCAUGGACCUGUCACAGAGCACGGGCAUGCAGGCUUCCCAGCCUGUCAGCGGUACUGGUGGCAUGAUCUCCUCGGCAGCUGCCUCUGUCAGCUCUUGGUUUCGCACAUACACGGGUCAGCGCUGAGGGCUAAGCCUGCAGAUGACUCGUGUGGCUGUUUACCACACCCCACUCAGCAUUUGCCAUUUUUUUCAAAGGCCAUGUGUAAUAUGCUUAAAUAGAAGAGGGGAAGGAUGAUUAUUACCUUUUGUGAAAACUUUUCUUAAAAGAACUUGAUAUAUCAACUAUUGCUAUGGUUUCUGGGAAUGGUUGGGGACUGAAGAUUUUUUAAAAAAAAAAAAACAGCCCAACUGCUGCUCCUUGGAAUGCUUUUUUUUUUUUUUUUUUUUUUUUUUUUUUGAAACAAAGGAAGGCAGAGUGCUGUGAGUGGGCUGCAGGAACAUUUAUUGCACCAGUAUUCAUGCUACAUUUUGCCUAACCCAGUGCAAAACUGUCAAGCUGGAGGACCUUACAUUGCCUUACAUGGCCUGUUUUAAAUGUUGUACCUGUCACCCUUACUGUUGUCAUGGAUACUUACUACUGACUUUAGCUGUAGCAACUGUUGGCUGAUUUUUUUUUUCCACUUUUUUAAAAACCUGACCAGUACUCUGCUCACUGUGUUUAGCUGCACCAAUGUCAGUUUAAUUCAGAACUUCAUGUGAAACACUAGGACACAUUGUGCAGACAUUGCAAGAUUUUGUAUUGCUUGAAUGAGUCAGCCACAGUAGUGCAGGGAGGUGAGCUACACAUUCUUUUAUUGCAUAAGGUGGACUUUCAAGUGAAAGGCUUAUUUUUGAACAGCCCUGUAAAUUGACACUCCAAGUGCCACUGUUCUUAUACAGCAUCUGAGUGAACAUUAACAACAAUGGGGGGGG